CGUAAAAGUCAACAGGGAUUCAUUUCAACGUUGGUAGUACAUAACAUAGUAGAAAACCAGUCUAAAUUUGUGUGUGUGUAUUUUAAAAACCCGUUUUCAACUGAGGCAUUGUUAUGAGAACCACGUACGUUUCGUUGAGCUUCGUGCUCUGUGCCGUUGUCAUCGUUGGAUCUUGCCCUCUGCAUCAGUUGGAAGUUGAUUCAUCAGCGGUUGGAGAACAUUCACUUAUCUCAUCAUUUCAGUCACCGCAAAAAGAAUCAAUUAUGGGUGGAUUUAUUAGCCGCAACAGACGUCGUGAAGACAAGGAGAAGGAUAGUCCAAGGUUGGAAGUGGAACCAUUCGAGGCAGAACCGAAUCUAAAUGAGAAUGAGGUUGAUGAGCGCAAAAAAAAGUUUGACGAGCUUGAAUUGAAUACCGACGAUGGCGAUGAAGGAGAACAAGUAGACCCGUGUGAAACAUCGCCAUGCGUUCCCACUACGUUUGAUGAGAUUGACUCUGCUCCGAGUUUACCGCUUUAUCCAUCACUUGAAGGGAUGGAGUUGAAUGUCGAAGAAGUGAUGGACAGUAAUCGACAGAUGAGAUCACUGUGCCAUUCAAAUAAGACUGAUGAAGAAGAAACGAAAAUGGAAAAUCCGGGCGGUAUAAAUGAAGUGUCUCACCCUUUGUUUCAAAAGAAUCCAUCUGAAGCGGAAGUCAAAGAAGGAGAAGUUGGCCAAGCAGAAAAGGAAAGAAAUCAGAGAUCGUCUCCAAUGUUUCCUGAUCCAGAUGUGAUUGACAAUGAAGAGGAUAUAACAGUGGAUGUUUCGAACCAAGAUCCGGUAUUGGACUCGUCUCUUCAUAGAGACGAAGAACCAACUUUCCUGCAGGAGGAAGUGAUUGAAAUUAUUGACGAACCGGAAAACGAUCGACUGAUGGGAUCAUCCCCUUACCGUUCCGGUGUGAUUUUGGGGCCAGUUUUAAUUGACGAGGAGCCGGAGAUUAUUGUGGACGUUAUGAGCGAAGUACCUCGUCCGGCAUUCGACCCUUCGCUCCAUUUGAUGGCCGAACCCGUCAUCUAUCACCCACAACCAGUGCCGAUAGAUGACAUCAUCGAGUUAGAAAUGGCCAUCGACGACGAACUGGUAAAGAGGAAGAAGAGAACACUCCAAAAAUCUAAUAAUGUCCAUCCGGAAUCAAAAGAGUCGCAACUGGGACUCGACGAUGAGGACUUGAUUGAUUCAAACGUCGGCAUGUACCGGCAAAAGAAACGGGCCAGAAAGAUUCCACGCCACAAGACCCUACUGGAAAAUCCAAUCAACACCACUUAAUACUAAACUCCAAGCGAUUUUAAUUUGAUUUAAUUAAAUGAAAAUUUACUCAAUUUUAAUGUUACUACAUCAUAAUAAUAAGUUGAAUAAACAAGAAAAUUAAAG